AUGUCAAGCCUUGCUGUUCACCUGGCCUUGGAUGCUGCUUUGAUCACAACGAAAGCCGACCAAGGAGAUGCUGCUCAGUGGUUGCAGCAUGACUUCAACUUGCCAGCGGUCCUCAAGAUCGCGUUCUUCUUGCAGAAGCAGUGUGAAGACAGUUCACGUGAGGUUUCAGAGUCUGCAGCAAAAACACGGAAAAAGUUCGAGAAACUGCAGGCGAAUCGGAUCAAAGUCAAGGAAGCGAGGCAGCAAAAUGUGGAGCAGGCGAUUGUCAACCUUCAGCCCGAUGACGUGACUAGGGAACAAAAACUUUCAAUGAGAAACUGCCGGAACCGCGCCCGUUGUGGGGUGAAGAAAAUUCGCAAAGCAAGACCCUAUGAUGCGGAGUUUGAGAAGAGGAAGGCCAAAGUGUUCAAGGCCCACAGGUUGACGAUCUUUUCAAAGCUACAGGUAGUCAAGUAUGCCCAGAAUCUGAUGAAAACCUUGGAAAGUAAAGAUGUUGAAAGCGCAAAGGGCAAAAAAAGAAGGAAUCCGAACGGUGUGCAUUUGCAGCGGGCCUGUGAGCAGAAAUUCCCCAACCUCGGCAAGAUCAAGGUCGGAUCGCUUUUGAGGCAGGCUGAUGCGCAAUGCUGGGCAUCCCUUUCCAUUGAUCAGCAGAAGAAGUGGUUCCAAUUGCCGGAUCACUUGAAGGUCGCGAUGGGUCUGAGUGAUAAGGUCAAAGGAUGGAAGAACAUGUCGACCGACCAGAUUCAGGAAAAGGCCACAGAGCAGGGCCAUGUGCAGCGAUGGGACGUUCCUGGCCCAGUGCUGCAGGAGCUGAAUGCAGCACUAGAGGAGUUCUGUAUGGGAAAAUCUGUGGCUACUCAACGCAGAGACAUUGUCAUCGCGCGUCACUGCGUAGUGACUGUGCGGCGCAUUGCCAGAGAGUAUAACCAGGGCUUGCCGGAAGUCAUUCAGCAGGCUGAGGAGCACAAUCAGAAAGUGAUGGAAGAAUUCCGGGCGGCCGGUGUCAAGAGCAAGUUUACAAAGAAGGCUUUGUUGUCCAUUCCAAAGCGUUGCCCAGAAGACUUAGACAUAAGGUGGGUUCGACGUUUCAUGAGAGCGUUCAACUGGAAGAAGUCAUCCCGCAAUACUGCAGGACAAUAUUUGGAUGCUUGGCACCACGAACAUGACAUAGGAGUUGCAGCUUCGCCAGGUCACAGACACAUCAAUGGAGUACAAGAUCGUAUCGCACAUGGUGUCCACAAGUAUUUGGUCCUCAAUGUAGACCAACUUUGGAGACAAAGCCUUCGGUUUAACAAAGAGGUCAUCAUGCAAGGCAAGCAGCGCCAGCUGGAUGAAGUUAUGGACCAAUGGAAUGCAAAGCACGAAGGUCGUGCUUUUAUGUUCCAAAGCCAAAGUACGUCGCACUUCAUGUGCAGUGAGACGUGGCUGGUGCUUCUCCACGGCCUGAUCGCGCCAGCAUUGGCACUCCAAAGAAAGAAACUUGGAGUAGCCAGCUCCACACCUGCGCUCCUCCUUGCAGAUGGUUGGACGGGAUUCCAUUCGCAUAAGACUGGGCUAGAUGCUGCAAGGGAGGCUUGGAGCCGCCAGUCGCAUUGCUAUCUGCCGGCAGUGGCUUCAGUGCCAACGGGCAGCCAAUCGAUCAAGUACAUCACCUAUUGCGGGCACGCCUUGAGCUUGUGGAUGCCGAAGAUGUUUCUUGUGAGACCUGUUCGACCACCUGCCUACAACAAGGCAACACUUCCCGACAGAACGCUGCGCGCCUGGUUGUCCAUCCCAAGGUCUGCCUUUGUGGCUUCUUGGGUGGUCACCGGGUACUUCAAAUCUGAUCACUUUCCUGAAAACGUUGGCCUCACACCAGCAGAAGCUCGAGAACUCCUGGACAGCACCGGCAUGCUGCGGUCUUUGGGCAUCCAGUCAGACAUUGUUGGGCCGCUGCCGCAGUUGGACAGGCAAAAUGCAACCACUGUCGCAUGA